CGGGGCUCCUGAGCAAUAUCGACAAAAAUGAACAUCCUCCUCCAUCCCUCGUCGCCGGCGAUUCCCUUUCCACCGUCGGUGCACGAAAGCCUCGCCGCCGUCCCCACCGUCAAGCUUAAUCGAAACUCACCGCGGCGUAUUGUAGCCAGCUCAACCUCCAAAAGCAAACCUAAAAAGCAAACAGAUGAUUAUCACUCCACUCUUAAAGCCCUAAACUCCAGAGGCCGCUUUCCAAGAAAAUCACUUGGCCAGCACUACAUGUUGAAUGACUCAGUGAAUGAGGAGCUAGUGGCGGCGGGCAGUGUUAAAGAAGGUGAUAUAGUGCUUGAAAUUGGGCCGGGGACUGGUUCGUUGACUAAUGUACUUGUCAGUGCCGGUGCAUAUGUUCUUGCUGUUGAAAAGGAUCCACACAUGGCAGCUCUGGUAAGGGAACGUUUUGCCGGAUUAGAAUGUGUCAAGGUUCUGGAAGACGAUUUUACGAGAUGUCAUAUACGCUCUCAUAUGUCUUCGGUAUUCCAAAAUAGGAGCCCCACAGAUGCAAAGGUGGUGGCUAAUAUACCUUUCAACAUAAGUACUGAUGUGGUGAAACAACUUCUUCCGAUGGGUGACAUUUUCUCUGAAGUGAUCCUUUUACUUCAGGAUGAAGCUGCCUUGCGCUUGGUUGAUUCGUCUUUAAAAUCAUCGGAAUAUCGGCCCAUAAAUAUUUUCGUGAACUUCUAUUCAGAUCCUGAAUACAAAAUGAAGGUUUCGAGGACGAAUUUCUUCCCUCAGCCCAAAGUCGAUGCAGCUAUUGUAUCAUUUAAAUUAAAGAAAGUGGCCGAUUAUCCUCGUGUUUCCUCCAUCAAAAGCUUUUUCUCAAUGGUAAACUGUGCGUUUAAUGAAAAACGUAAAAUGUUGAGAAAAUCACUACAACACGUAUGCCCUUCCCCUGACGUUGAAGCCGCUCUGUGUGCUGUUAAUCUUUCACCCACUUCGAGACCCGAAGAACUCACAUUAGAUGAUUUUGUUAAAUUGCACAACCUGAUAGUGGAAGCACAGCUAUUAUGAUAAGUGAUAAAAUCUGGAAACUCUCUUCUUUGUUAAUUCUUUUUUAUCAUGUAGUGAAAACUGACUUGUUACAAUUCUUUGUUGUGAAAUAGUAUAAGAUUGUUAGUUAACAUGAUCUUUUACAUGUACAGUAAAGAAUUAAUCAUCUACUUUGUGGUUUUGAUUUACCAACUGGUUUAAUUUACCGAAUCUUGUGUUGGCAAGAUCUGGAUCGUUGAUCUUAGUACUAAGAAUAAUCGUUGAUUUAUCAAACGAUCCAAGUUGAACUCGAAUUGAGCCGAGCCAGACUCGUUAUUG